AAUUUUUUCUAAUAGAAUCUUGUUCUCUUUUUCCAGCAUUACAGUGUUUCUGCCACCUUUGUACAAAAGACAAUUUUACUUGUGUGACAGAUGGGCUCUGCUUUGUCUCUGUCACAGAGACCACAGACAAAGUUAUACACAAUAGCAUGUGUAUAGCUGAAAUUGACCUAAUUCCUCGAGACAGACCAUUUGUAUGUGCACCAUCUUCAAAAACUGGGUCUGUUACUACAACCUAUUGCUGCAACCAGGACCAUUGCAAUAAAAUAGAACUCCCAACUGUUGGAAAGCCAUCAUCUGGCCUUGGUCCCGUCGAACUGGCAGCUGUCAUUGCUGGACCAGUCUGCUUUGUCUGCAUCUCACUCAUGUUGAUGGUUUAUAUCUGCCAUAACCGUACUGUCAUUCACCAUCGCGUGCCAAAUGAAGAGGAUCCUUCCUUAGAUCGCCCUUUUAUUUCAGAGGGCACUACAUUAAAAGAUUUAAUAUAUGAUAUGACGACAUCAGGUUCUGGAUCAGGUUUACCUCUGCUCGUUCAGAGAACAAUUGCAAGAACUAUUGUGUUACAAGAAAGUAUUGGCAAAGGUCGAUUUGGAGAAGUUUGGCGAGGAAAGUGGAGAGGAGAAGAAGUUGCUGUUAAAAUAUUCUCCUCUAGAGAAGAGCGCUCAUGGUUCCGUGAGGCAGAGAUUUAUCAGACUGUAAUGUUACGUCAUGAAAACAUCUUGGGAUUUAUAGCAGCAGACAAUAAAGAUAAUGGCACAUGGACUCAGCUCUGGUUGGUGUCAGAUUAUCAUGAGCAUGGAUCCCUUUUUGAUUAUUUGAACAGAUAUACAGUUACUGUGGAAGGAAUGAUAAAACUUGCUUUGUCCACAGCAAGUGGACUUGCCCAUCUCCACAUGGAGAUUGUUGGUACCCAAGGUGUUCAUUCAUUGGAUGCUCCAAACAACGCUGUGAUGGGAAUGCUGGUAUCAUCACCCCUUUCUGGAUGGGCUGGCGGAGGCACAGAGGAAUUGGAUAACACCCCUAAGGUGCCAGAGCUGGAAGACUGUGUCUCUGACAGCUGCUGUUCCCAGGAGAAUACGGAGUCCUGUGGAGCAAGUGUGAAUUCAGCUCGAACCUGGAGCCAAGCCCAGCUGCCCUCAGCCGGGAGCAGAGCUGCCCCAGCCAAAGCACAGACAGCAAGCAGGGCUUGGCCAAAUCAGGCUCAUGCCCCUGAUUUGAACUGUGAACUGCUGAAGCAGAGGAGGGAUCCUGCCGAAAGUCCUUCUAGCAGGGUAUUGGCAGCAACAGCAGCUGAACAGUUUCCCUGA